AUGUUGCUUGAAAAGGAACUGCGAGGAAAAGUAAUAGAAGAAGUUAAAUGUGCGGGUAUGUUUUCCGUUAUGGCAGAUACUACUCCGGACGAAGAGCACACGGACAGACUCUCCGUUGUUCUAAGAUAUGUCAGCGCCACUGGAAAGCCAACUGAAAGAUUGCUGGAUCUUUCGAAGACGGAGGACAAGACCGGUCUUGGACAAGCACAAGACAUCCUGUCGACGAUAAAGCGGUGUGGUUUGAAUACCGAUGGCCUGUGUUUUCAGUCAUACGACUUCGCCGCCGCAAUGUCUGGUGAAUUCAAUGGUGCCCAGAAGAAUUUGUCCGAGCUUGUUGGACGCAAUAUUCCUUACAUACCAUGUCAAGCACACCGCUGCAACACCGUAAUUGAGCAUAGUUGUAACGCAAGCGCCAUUGUCCGGGAAAUGUUUGAGAUACUGCAGGCACUUUAUGUAUUCUUCACAUCUAGUACGAAACGGUUCCAGCCACUGAAAGAUGAAAUUACCAAGGUCGAGAACUGCCUGAUGCUCAGAAACCUGUCCAAAACCCGAUGGAGUGCAAGGGCGGGGAGUAUUCAAGCUGUCUGGACAUCAUUUGAA